CAAGCCCGUGGCACAUAUGUAUAUACAUACACGUGCACACGUCUCGCGUUCGUGUUCGUGCCCGCAGUUGUUUAUUGUUGAUUGUUGUUGGUCGUUGUCGACAGAAGGAUAGAGGACAUUGGAAUUCGUCGGAAUCGUGCGCGCGCAAUAAUUCGUUCCGCUACGUUUUGAAAAAGCGGAGCCUUCAAGCCUCCGCUUUAUCUUCUCCCGUCCGGACUGGACGCGCCGCGCGCCGUUGAGAAAUAGCUCAACGUCGAGUCGUCGAUUUCAGAAGAUCUCACGCGGAAGGAAAAACACAGAGGAGCCUUUCACGCGCGCGGGCCGCGGCGUAGACUCGGGACUCGGAGUCGGAGACCCUUCCCUUCGGUUCUGCGCCCGUCACCGCACACGAUUUCGCGGGGUCGCACUUUCUCGCAAACCACUCUCGGAGUCGCGCGUCGUGCGAGCCGUGCCUCGAAGGAACUUGAAACUGAAAUAAAGGAAUUUGUACGAGAGCUAGAGAAAGAGUGAAAGGCGAGGAGAAGCGAGAGAAAUAGGCGACGUCCUUCCGCAAAAUAAUUCGCAGAAAGAUAUCGCUAGUGAACUUUACGUCGCGUCGUACGCGUCGUACGCAACACGCACUGAACUGCUGAUAAGCCGACACCAGAGCGUCGAGCGUCCAGAGCAACAUGGGCAACGCGACCGACGCAACGAUUCAGGAUGAGGCUCACACAACGCCUGAACUGAUCAAAGCUCAUGGUUACGUGGCCGAGACCCAUCAGAUUUGCACGGAAGACGGUUAUUAUUUAACUAUGCAUCGUGUGCUUUCACCUAACGAUCGAGUAUCAUCAGUGCCAUUAAAUGCUGACACCAUCACCGAUCCGGCUGUUAUUGACAAUAAAAAUAGUGAGGAUCGCAAGUCGAUUUCUCCCGAUUGUCAUCGAAUCUUAGAAACCCUCGGAUGUUGUACCAGUCCAGGCUCUAAAUUGCCAGUUAUUAUAAGUCAUGGAGUAUUAUCGAGUUCCGCAGACUGGGUGCUCCUGGGACCUGACAAGUCCAUCGCAUAUAUUCUUUGCGACAAUGGAUUCGACGUUUGGCUCACAAACGCUCGUGGAAACACCUAUUCCAAAUCUCAUAAACAUUAUUCGAUCAAAGAUAAGGAAUUUUGGAAUUUCAGCUGGCACGAGAUCGGAUAUUAUGAUUUACCAGCGACGAUAGAUUAUAUCUUGGAAAAAACUGGUCAUUCCAAAUUGUAUUAUAUCGGUCACAGUCAAGGUGCAAACGCGUUCUAUGUCAUGGGAAGCGAAAGACCUGAAUAUAACGCUAAAGUCAAAGGAAUGAUAAGUUUGGCACCUGCAGCAUUUUUGGGAAAUCAACGAAGUCCACUUUUGAAGUUUAUCGCCAAAUGUUACAGUAUAAUAGAUGUAAUGCAACGUUUUGCUGUUAAUUUAUUUUCCCGAUAGUUUUUUCA